UCCAUCACCAUGAGGGCGACAGUGGCAGCUCUCCUUCUGUGUCUUCUGGUGGCAGCAUGCCGCAGCCAGGAGACUACACCUGGCCCUCCUGGACCAACUGAAGGGCCACAACCAACUGGUCCUCCUGGCCCACCAACUGGAGGUCCUGAACCAACAGGUCAGCCUACUGGAGGUCCUGAACCAACUGGACCACCAGCCACACCUACUGGAGGUCCUGAACCAACUGGUCCACCUACUGGGGGUCCUCAACCAACUGGACCACCAGGCACCCCUACUGGAGGGCCUGAACCAACUGGAGGUCCCCAGCCAACUGGUGAACCUCAGCCUACAGGCCCACCAGGGCCACCCUCUGGUGGAAGUUGGCUUUUUUGACUUGGUGGACUCUGAUGGUUGACAUUAUUGCAUCUGUGAAACAUCACGAGAAUUCAGCCAAGAUAUUUACAAUUAAUUGGAUCUGACUUUACUGAUGGAAGUGUUCUGCGAAUCGCUUUGUAAAAUUUUUCGUCAUUAAAUAAGCAUCUAAAAAUC